CAGUCAGUAGUUAGCCAUCGGUCGAGAUGCCACCACCAGGACGUGGAUACGGAGGACCGCCACCCAGGGGACCCGGAAUCGCCUACGGACCACCGCCCCCGCGCGUUAAUGUCGGCAUCAAUAUCGGCGGACCACCACCUCCUCCUCGGAUGGGGGUGGGCAUCGGGUAUAUGCCACCGCCGCCGCCAGCUGUGAUCAUCGGAGCACCACCGCCGCCACCCGUGGUCAUGAUGCCACCCCCGAGACCCACCGUGGUGGUGGGUGCCCAGCCCCCAAUGGCCACUGUAUAUGCCCAGCCCCAGGGAGAGGUUUUCUGCUGCACGAUUCUCUGAUGGCGAUUCGAAAAUGGAAAAUACGAAAUGGAAAACUGUGCUUCUAUAUAGAAUUAUUAACUACGUGUGUACGCCCUAACAUAGUGAAAUAAAAUAGUUUGGUUUUAGUCAAUUAAAGUUUUUAUUCACAAAAAGA